AUGGAGACAGGCUCAGGCAGCAAGUCUAGGGGUGUUAUGGAGACAGGCUCAGGCACUGAGUGUAGUAGUGUUGUGGAGACAGGCUCAAGCACCAAGUGUAGUCGUGUUGUGGAGACAUUCUCAGGCACAGAGUGUAGUGGUGUUACAAAGACAGGUUUAGGCACUGAGUUUGUGGAACCCCCUUCCUCUAUGUCAAAGUUGAGCAAGACUGCAGCCAAUGACAAAAAGGAUAAGGUGAGGCCUGAUAGAAGGCAGUUGUUACUGUGGGUAGAAGAAACAGUUGAUUACUUAGGUAUUAGUUUAACAAGAGAAACCAAUCGAAUCAUGGAAAUAAACUUCCUGAAUCUUCUACAAAACACUAAUAGAUGGCUAAAAGAACGAAAAAAUGUAGAGAUAAAUUUCUGGGGAAGAGUCAAUGUAGUGAAUGUAUAUGUAAUACCUAAAUGGAAUUAUUUGUUUCAAAUGUUGCCAUUAAAUAUCGCUAAUAGCUGGCUUGAAACGAUAUAGACCCGCUUUAUGUAAUAUAUAUAUGGAAAGGGAAAAAAGCUCAAGUCAGAUUACCUUAGCCCAGAAGUCGAACAAGGGAGGUAUUGGAUAUCCUAUUAUUAAGAAAAAUUAUAUAGCCUCUAUACUACUACAUGUUUAUAGAAUGCAAUUAAGUAAUAACAGUAAUGAAGGAUGGUAUAAGAUGGAAGCUAAAGCAGGGGAAGUUACGAGUUUAGAAGGUCUGAUCUGGAACACUAGGUCGAUAGGGAAAAUACACUAUCCCAAUAUUAUUACAACACAUAUCUUGAAAAAUUGGGCAAAAAUUAAAGUAAUAUUGAAGAUCAAAAACAAAAUUCCAACACAUCUUGAUCUGAAAUUUUUGAACAAGUUUGUGACCUAAACCUAAUUAAGUGGACACAAGUGGGAAUAAAUAAGAUAUCUCAACCAUUAGAAAAUGGAGUACUUAAAUAUUUUCCUCAACUGAGGAAUGAAUUUAACUUACCAUCAAAAGAUCUAUUUAACUUUUUAAGGAUAAAAAGUUUUAUAACAUCACAUUUAAUAAAAUUGGAUUCCUUAGAGUCGAACAGAAUAAAAAUAUUAUUCAAUUCAAAUCCUUUAGAAAAACCAUUCUCUAGAGCUUUAUCUUUUAGUAGAUCCCUCAUGAAAGAAAAAAAAAACCUACAGAAAAAAUAACUGAAUAUCAACAUAGAAAUUAACGACCGGGGGUCUACUUUGACAAAAGUUUCCAAAAUUACACAUUCUUUAAAUAUGUUAGAAUCUCAUUUCAAGGUAAUUCAUAUAUGGUACUUAGUUCCAGACAAAUUGCAUAGAAUGUUUCCUACAGAAGAUCAUCUAUGUUGGAGAUGUGGGAUAUCAACAGGUACAUACCUCCAUAUUUGGUGGAACUGUAUAAAAAUACAAAAAUUAUGGGAUGAAGUAUAUCAAUUUAUUAAAAAAAAGUCUAAAUUUUGAAAUUAAUCUCACUCCAGACGUAGUAUUACUUAAUUUAAACUGGCUCUCUACAUCUCCAGCGAAUAAUUUAAUUCUAACUCAAUUAUUCUUAGCUACAAAAAUUGUUAUAUCUAGAAACUGGAAAAAUAGAAACAUCAUUCCUUGGUCACAGGUAAUAAACCAACUUAAAUUUCAGAUCAGAAUGGAACAAAUACUUAGUCUACAUAAUAUCAGUAAGAAAUCAUCUAUAUGGAAUAUAUGUUAAUUAGGAAAUUCUCAUUUUAUCCACAUGACAAGGUGGUUUUUCAGUAGAGUAAUUGGUGGAGUUUAAUAAAGAGUCUGAUUAUUUUACGGAACUGAAUCAUAGAAAUGUUUAAUAAACAAACAAUAUAACUAGGUACCCCAGGACUGGACCAGCAAUAGUAAAUGUAAUAAAUGCAGUUUUAAUACAAUAGUUCAUUAAAGAAAUGUUGACUAUUAGUAUCUGCCUCUCUCUCUUGGCAAUUAAGAGAUAAGCAGUGUAUAUUUGUUUUUUGGUUUUUUUUGUAUGUAGGUUUGUUAACUAAUAUGAUGUCCUAGUCCGAUAUUAUUUCGCAAUAUAAAUUUCGAACAGAUCAGACAUAACAAUGACUCAAGUAACACACAUGAAAGUUUCAUGUAUUUUAUAUGUAAAGUUUAUAUGCACAAAUAUUGGUGGACAAAUAUUGUUACAUGCCUUUUUAUGUUGUUUUGUAUUAAUCGUAAUUUCUUAAUAAUGAUUAUUUAUAAAAAAGGGGGAAAAAAACGUUUUUGUUUGGGGAUUCUAUCAUAAGAGGUGUGUAGCUGGACAAUAGUUGCCUUGUGAGAUGUCUUCCUGAAGCUACUGCUUAUUUGCAAUAUUGUUAAAGGGACACUAUAGUCAACCAGACCACUUCAGCUCAAUGAAGUGGUCUGGGUGCCAGGUCCCCUGGAUUUUAACCCUUUAACCCCAAUUUUUUCCCAGUCCAGCACUGCCUAAAGGGACACAUUACUAUAAGAACAAUGCAAUAUUAUAAUGGAAUGUGAAGACUGUGCUUGUAUCCAAAAUACUUAAAGAUGGACAGGCCAAAGAAGCAGCACUGGAUAGCUCCUCGUUUAGUAAUCUAGAUCAGGACUAGUAAACACUUAAAGGAACAUUCUACUGCGUCAACACACACACACACAAAUUCUAAAAAAAAAUCAAUGUUCAAUAGAUUUACCCAGAUGAAAACAUGAAUGCAUGUAAUUAUGCAUAUUAUUUUCAUUGGGGGUUUAUCUAAAAACUGACUGGAAAAGCUACAAAUUUAUUUUCUGAAGCCUUUUCAAGUCCCCCCUUUCUUCCACAGGAAAGACUUUCUGUGGCUGUUCUAUCACAGACUUCCCAAAGCAUUUUAAUGAGAAGUGCUUGCAAGGCAGAUGCUCCAAGCUAACUAAACCAGAAAGUAACAGAACUUAUCUGCCAGGGGAUGCAACAAAGGUUCAUCUAUUAAAGUAACAACUUCUUUUCAAAUCUGCACUUUUUGUAAAAUGAAAAAAUAGAGGACACACUCUUCACACAUAAGUGCUUUAGGGGUGUGGGGUAUUCCCUUAAAGGACAGCUGUCAUCAUAUUUUCACAUAGAAGUCUAGUACAUUUAAUUAAACAAUUUGGUUUUUUAAUGAUAUAUAUGUAUAUUCUUUCUUUCUUUCUUUCUUUCUUUUUUAAGAACAUUUUUCUUUCUAUCUGGCUGAUUAGCCAUGUUGGGUCAGACUCUUCUGUUAUCUGACCAACUGCUGCUCAGCCUAACUUGUCUGCUGCCACAUUUGGUCUAUGUGACACGGCAGCAGCUGGCAACUUACGAAGAUCAGCAGUUGGCCAGAUAAUUGUAGAAUUUGACCCAUCAUGGCUGCUCACCAAAAUAAAAAAUAAAACGUUCUCAAUAAAAUAUUCAAUAUACAUGAUUGAAGAAAAUUAUCAUUGCUUCAUUAAAUAUAAUAAACUAUUUAAAGAAUAAAAGUGAAUCUUUGAUGAAAGUUAUAUUUUAAAGGGUUGCUCUAAGAAUCAUAACCAUCUACUCUUACUGAAAUAUAAAAAAAAGAUGAAAAAAACUCUCCCUGCAACUUUUUUUUUAUGUUUAAUUCUGGAGAUAAAUACAAUUUUCUCUGUGUAGUGCCACCUCCCUGGACGGUCAAUCAGCCAGCUGGAAUAUUUUUUUUCUUGCCUGCACUAUUAGUUUUGUGCAACUUUCCCGCCUGGUGUCAACAGACGCAAUACACACAGCAUAGUAGCCCCAGAAGCCUUGGACAGAUUGCCCCUUCGCUGUGAGUUACACACACACAGUGUCAAGGUUCCUACAGCUCAGCUCUCAGGAAAUAAUUUCCUGAUAAAGAAAAAAUAUUAAUUGGUUAUGGUUUUUGACCUCUGCCCUCCUAGGUGAAGAGGUCAGAGGAAAAAAAUACACAAGCCACAUUGCUCAGAGCUUAUGUCUCAUGAAAUCUAGUGAAUACAGUACUUCAACUAAUUUUAUAUCACUUAAUAGUAUUUUUGAUUGUAAUAUGUAUCUCUAAUAUUGGGGUGGGGGGUGGGGAGCGUAAGUGUUAAUAAUAUCAUCAGGAGUAAUAGAAAAGAAUGGCACAAAAAUAUAUAAAAUUAAGAAAUAAAUUAGAAAAAUAAAAUCAAAUAUGGGUUACUAAAGUUUUCAAAUUGAAAACCCAAUCCAUCUCAUAUACGGCAAUUCUUUUAAUGCAACACCCAUCCAGAAUUUUACUGAGAGGGUAGUGGAUGCAUUGAAUAGCCUUCCAGCUGAAGUAGUAGAGGUUAACACAGUGUAGCGGACCCCUGGUAACCCGACCGGUUACCUCCGCUAAUUCCCUUCCUUCAGCUGUUCAGGAACCCUUAAAACAAGCAGGCAUCCAUUUUCCCCCCAGUAACUGGACACAACACACAGCUCUGGAGGAACAAUAUAAAUUAACUCUGUUUUUUAUGUCACACAUGGUUUUACAUGUACAGACCCCUACAUGGGGUCUCCAACACAAAACAACAGGGGUUUCAAUCCCAAAAAGAUGAUGGGGGGAUGGAAGAGGGACACAGCAGCCCCUGCAACCUAAGCUGGCAUUGUCCCUAUGUCCACAUCUUGCUUUGACGGGAAAAGGCAGGGGAAAGGGAAACACAGAGAGACUACACGAUACAAGGGGUAAAUACACGAAUAAGCAGUGGGCAUGGUACUCAGUGACGGCGGUCCGUCACACGCAGUAAGAGAGUUUAAGGCCAGGGACUAAUGAAAGUAUUUAGAAAAUAGGGCAGACUAGAUGGGCCGAAUGGUUCUUAUCUGCCUUCAAAUUCUAUAUUUCCAUGUUUCUAUUUUCUGUAUUUUUGAUUGCAAUCAUUUUUUAACGUUUAGGAUCAUUAUUAUGAAUACCAAAAUGUUUGGAUAAGUUCACAGUAACUCUGGAACUGUAGUGGGACUGGAACAACCGAAAUGCUCAGAAACUAUAUUACUAGAGAAGGAGUGUGUUUUUUACACAUAUUUGCGAAAGUGUCUUACAAAAAUACGAGGGCUAUGAGCUAUCUACCAGUUAUCUGUUGAAUAUUUGCUUAUUCAGUAUAAUUUACUAUUUAAAACUUGCAGUCCUAUAUACGCCUUCAAACUCAUUGGCAUUAGCCCAGUCUUGAUAACUAAUGCGGGCAUUGUAUUUUAAUUCUCCAUCGACCUCAGGGAAGUUUACAAAAUGGCUAUAGAUUUUUGAAAGGGUGCCUUUACGAUAACUCGCCUUUACAAUAAUAUUAUCCAAAUCAGAUAGGAAAUGUGUCUGGCAACCAAACAGACUGAUUUAUAAUGUAAUGGGAGCGAACAUUUAAUGCAGUAUUUCUCUUUUGGCUUCUGCAUUAAAGAUGCAUACAUUUAAUUGUUAUUCAGGCCAUAAAAACUUUCUAUGAAAUAUUAAUUUGAAUCUCUGGAACACAUUUCUUAAAUUAACUGUAUUCUAAUUUUACGCUUACUGUUGGUCAUUGGUUGCGGUACCUUUAUUUGGUUUAUAAUAUAUGAAAAGGUAAGAUAUCUAUAUGUUCCAAUCCAAAACUAUACAUUUCAUUUUUUCAUUCAAGACAUAUAAAGACAAUUAAAAAAGAUCUAUCUAUCAAAUGCAAUAUACGUGUCUGCAACACCCUACAAGAACAUUGCAUAUCAUUAAUACUCUAGGCCAGAUAUGAACACAGUGUAAAGGUUCAUUGCCUUCCUAAUGAGUUGUGUUUUAAGGUGCCCAUAGCAAAAUCGAACAGUACAUGGAAACAAAAUUCAUGGUGUAAUGCAGGGCUCAAAAUUUCCAUUUGCCCACUAGCCACUGGUGAGUGAAAAUGCAGACCUUGCAAACAAAAAUUCACCACUGGUGAGUGUGCCAUGGACGCUCCAAGCUUGCAGUAUCAUACCCCCCCAAGUGUCCCUAUUUAGGAGGAAUAGUUCCUAUUUUGGGCCCAAAUGCUUCCAUCCCUCUUUCUAUCCUAUUGUUCAUCUUUUUUAGGAACUCUAUGUUAUUGAUGUGUCUGUGUGUAUAAUAGAGCUCCACAGCAAUAAUACUCGCGGUAAUGUGUCUUUAACCCCUUAAGGACACGACAUGUGUGACAUGUCAUGAUUCCCUUUUAUUCCAGAAGUUUAGUCCUUAUGGGGUUAAACUAUAAUAAAUGUGAUUAUUGUUUUUAGUAAUUCACCGAAAAUCUCUCAGAACAGCCCUGCCCGCAGCCACACCUGCACUCAACCAAAAAUUGAAGUGUUCCUCUGUCCAUUUGAAGUUCAUUUUAGGAGGUAUGAAGUAGUUAGCAGGUUUGGGCCUCUCUGAUAGCUAGGAAUUAAAAUUGUGAGCUUUGCAGUUUUCUAUAUGUUGGUCCUACAGGCUACGUAAGUGAAGGGACACUGUAAGCACCAUAACUACUAUAGCAUGUUGUAGUUGUAAAUGGUUUCAAGGAGACUUGACUGGCUUGCCGGGUGGAUACUUACAUUUAUAAUAUGUUUAGGGUUUCCUGAACCACUGCUUUGAAAGUUUUAGGGUAUUGUUUUGCAAUUUAUGACUUUGCUUUCACUCAGUAAAUUACAAAGGAGCCAUCAAAUCACAACUGCAGAAGCCAACCAUUUAUGGCACAAAUGACAAAAUAUAACUUCUUUAACUAUUAUUGUUUAAUAUACUUAACUUAAAAGAUUUAAUCUAUAUAAAAAAUGGAUGUAUCCAGUUCAGCCAUGAUGUAGUGUACAAUCAUGCCACAAUCUUGAUCUGAAUAACUUCCUUAUUUUAUUGUUAAGCUGGAUACCAACCUAUAUUUAAAAUCCUUUCUGGAAGGAAAAGGCUCUGAUCCUGAUUGUAAAGAGUCUGUGCCUAUUUUGAAUGUGAAAUAUAACAAAUUAUUUGCUGAUUGGCAGAUUGUUUGGCCACUUCGAAAAAUGAAAGGGACAUUAUAGACACCAAGACAACGUUAGAAUAAAGAAGCAGUUUUGGUGUAUAGAUCAUGAAGUCUCGCUGCUCAAUUCUCUGCAAUUUAGAAUUAAAUCACUUUGUUUAUACAGCCCUAGUUACACCUCCCUGCAUGUGACUUACACAGACUUCCUAAACACUUCCUUUAAAUAGAGAUCUAAUGAGAAUUAUCUAAAGUCUUUUAGUCACUACAGGAGCCUACUGUGUGUAAUUAAAGAUCAAUUUACAGAGCAUGGGAAAUAAAAGCUUCUAAAGCAAGUUAACAUCUAAUUGAAAAUGAAACUAUUUUUUCACGUUGGAUGUGCCAGUCACAGCCAGCGGAGGUGUGGCUAUGGCUGCAGAGACAGAAACAAAAGUGAUUUAACUUCUAAAUGUCAGAGAAUUGAGCAGCGAGCCUGCAGUGGCAUAAUCUUAUACAAUAAAAUAGCUUAAUUAAAGGGACACUAUAGUCACCAGAACAACAACAACAGCUUAAUGUAGUAGCAGUCUCUGUAGGCUUUUUGAUGUAAACACUGCCUUUUCAGUCACUCAGACGGUCACUAGAGGUGCUUACUGGGUCAGUGCUGCACAGCGUCUUCAUGCUCUUCAUGGAGGUGCUGAACUUUCCCAACAAAGAUGAAUUGAUUCAAUGCAUCUCAAUUAGGAGAUGCUGACUGGCGCAGUGUGGUGUUUUGCCAUGCAUGCGCGAUAGCCUACCAAAGAUUCCCUAUAGCAAAGCAUUGAUUUGGCUGAAAUGAUCAAGUCUGAUGAUCUCAGCGAUGGGGCGGAGCAUAGGCUGGGCCAGCAAUGCGCGGUGCUGGAAAAAGAUGAGUAAAUCACUGUUUUAUUUGGAGGUUAAGUGGGGGCAGGGGACUAAGCAGCUAUUUAGACCUCUAGUAUCAGGAAUACACAUUUGUGUAUAGUGUUCCUUUCAGCUGAAGUUGUUUUUAUGCCUAUGGUGCCCCAUUAACACAGGAGGAAACUGUUCUUCUAUAUACUUGAUUUCAAAUGUUUAACUGCAAAGCUAGAACUGCAUCUCUAAGCAGUUAAUCAGGCUGUGGCUUUCUGUAUUAACCUUACUACGUGCAUGUAUAACUAGUAUAAUACUCUGAUUUAAAUAUGAAAUCAGAAUCACAAUGUAUCUCCUCAUACAGCCCUGGAAUGCCUUAUAGCGCUCUAUGCUCACUCUGCUGUGUGUAUUAAUACCCCAGUGGCACCUUGCUGUUAAACCUGUCUAAGUGCUGUCUAACUUAGCAUCUUUUCCAUUAGUACUGUAUGUAGAUACAAAGAUUAAUUAUGAAUAUAUGAUAUUGUUUCAGUAAAGUCCAUUAUAAUCUGACAUAAUUAAACUCUUUAAGGGCCCAAGGGGACAAGCAGUGAUUUGUCUAGAUGAGAGAGUAACGUCAGUUUUAAAACAUAGACUACGUAUAAUUGUUAGCUUUAUUUUAUUAUGGCAAGACAUUUUCCUUGUAUAAUAACAGGAAAAAAAAACUUAAAUCCAUUAAGUUAGCAUCUAGCGUCCUACUUUUUGACAGCAGAAUGUAUCAGGGUUAAGAAUUGAUGAUCAGAUUCCAUUUCGAAAUGCCAUUGUUUAUAGCAAAUAUUAUAUAAAUACACAGGCUUUGAUGCAGUGAUCUUUAUUUGACAUUUUUUCACAGUUUAUCACCCUUGCCAUUCCUGACCUGAACUACUCUUUGCAGCAUCCUCACUGUAUCCUGUCGUAGUGAAUCCUCUCUCAAAAUACAAUAAGUUCAAUAGAUAAACAUGGACCUUGCAGGUAUGCAUAUUGUGAGACUUUAAGAGAGGGGACUGUGGGAGUUGAGGGUUUUUUGGCAAGGAGGAAGCGGACUGGUGUUAAGGCUCCGGCUUCUGGACUCUCACCCAAAGAUACUGUUCUAUGCAUCACUGCUUACUGGGGGGAAUAGGGUUACUCUGACUUUUCAAGGCAAACCUAGGUAGAGACGAGACAGAAGAACUUACCGGUCUUCAGAGUGUCCAAGUUGGUGAUGUGAAAAAAUAGACAGAAGUAACAUAAAAGAGAAGUAACAUAAAACAGAGGCCGAUGUCAGGAUUACAAAAGUCAAGAGUUGGCAGAGAAGACAAAAUCAGAAGGCAAAAUAACCAUAAACACAAGGAAUGCACUCUUGGGUAUACAGGAACCAUGACAAGGCAAAGACCAUAGGAAAUCUGUAAGUAUAUAUACCCAUUGGUGUAAUACUAUCACACCUAAGAAGCAAGAACUUGAGUGACAAGGGAUACCAGUGUGACGCCGCGUCUCAUGCACUUGGCAGUACGAGAUAAUGUGUGGCCUCACUAUUGCCACAAGAAUGACGCUUUGCAUCAUAAUUGACGCAAGAGUGCUGCACAAUGUAAACAUGCAUGGUCAAAGGAUGGUGUGAUGGCCUAGAUGUAAUGACAGUGCUCAAGAUGUGUUCUCAAGAUGUACCAUAACAUGUACAUACAGAAAGUGACUGAUCUCUGACAUAUACACAGAACUCUGUUCUAGCUCUAAAGCUUGGUACAUAGACCAGUGGGAGGAGGACCUCGGCAGGGAGAUAAAAGGGGAUGAAUGGCUGGAUAUGUAGGAGGCUGCAGCAAAUGUUUCAGUGUGUGUGAUUUCCCAGGAACAGUUGGAUUAGGUCCUUUUUCGGUGCCAUACUACACUGGUACAGCUAUCGCCACUCAGAUGACUGCUGGAGAAUGUGCUGGAUGAGAGGAACAUACUCUCAUACCUGGUGGUUCUGUCACUCCUUGUCCUCGUCUUCCAUUGACCGUUUUAGUUGGAUCUCUGGCCGUUAUUGCUAUCCAAGUCCCAGUAGAGCCUGACACACCGGGAGCAGAAAUUGUGUAACAAAGUAACUUUAGCAGCUAGGCGAGUCCUGGCGGCACACUGGUUAAAAAACACCCUACAGUCUAUCAGAGAGGUAAGGACAAAAAUAGAGGAAAACCAUCUAAUGGACCAACUAACAGCGACACUAAACAACUCCCUCCGUCUUGUCAUUCCUAUAAAGUUGCGAUAUGACUUCUCCCUCAUCUACAACACAUCUUCCUUUCAUCUCCAACAAUGACCCAAUUUUGAAACCUCGGGUGGGGCUCAUGGGAUGACUUCUUCCCUACAAUCCACCUAUUUUGGGGUCUUUCCCGGCAGCACCCUCACUCUGGGGGCUAUGGGUCCGGGUCACAGUAUUUAGCCAAUAAAGGAGCCCCGGCGCGUUGGUACCUAGAGGGGGUCACCCUGGCGGGGCCUGGGGGUUGGCCACCUGUAGAUGAAAGGCCCAAACCCGGCCCACUUAUGCACCACAGACAUACACCUGCCAUUUCGAUACACUAUGAGAAGCAGUUUGUUCAAGGCUGCAUGACCCUCGAGGGAGAAUCUAGGGUGUAA